GUCAAGCUCUAGCGUAAGCGCAUUUGCCAGUUCAUUGCAAUCACAAGGGUUCUCCAAUCGAAUGAUGCUUUUCUCUCUCGGUUUAACAAUUGGCGUGAUGACCAGUGUAGUGGCAAAUAAGAGGGAAGUGGACCUAUUAGAUGAGAGGUUGAGGCAAGCACAAAACCUAGUUCAGGAUCUACACGAGGAGCUUGAAAUGAAGGACCUGUUAACUGUGGAGGAGAUCAACGCCGAUGGUCCAAGAAUCCCCGGAACCGGUGCUCACCCUUUUGUCAAUGGGACAAUGACCGCAUCUUCCCCGGUCGAUGAGAUGGAUAACUCCUCGAAGGGUCAUAAGAGAGAGCCGAAUGAUGGUGCAGCAGAGAAGUCUGAUGCAAUGAGAGAAAUCGAGGCAGAGCUUGAAGCUGAACUAGAGAGGUUGGAGCUGAACGUGAAGCUGACUAGCGUGAAGAACGCAUCAGAUUUCGUUGAGGGAGAUCUAAGACCAGGAGGAGUCGAUUCCCAGCUAGAAAGUAUAUUAAAAUCUGACCACAAUGUCAGUGGGAGUUCAGACGGACGACCUUGCUCACCGAAUUAUGCUGUAUCGCCUCAAGACCUGAGUUUGCGUCUUCAUGAGUUAAUCGAGUCGAGGCAUGAGGAACGCAUUGCUGAACUUGAGGCAGCCCUCGAAGCUAGCCAGAAGAAGUUGCAAUUCCUACUAUUCGAGAAUGAAAACUGUCAAAGAGAUUCAAUUGGUGCUAUUGCAUCAACAUCAUCUGACCAGGAGAGCCCGGCCCUACCCAACGACACUUGCGAGGCUAUUGCACCAACAUCAUCUGACCAGGAGAGCCCAACCCUACCCAACGACACUUGCGAGACAGACGGACCCUUGGUUGCAGAAUUGUUGGGGAAUCUCUGGAUGCAUAUAAGGAGGCUCGAGGAGAGAGUACCAGGAUAAGUCAAUUAGAUGGAGCAGAUCAAACACAUAGUAGAUACAGCAUUGAGCAUAAAGAGAUGGAAUCGCAUUCUCUUCAGGAAGACCAAAUC